AUAACAAAACAGGAAAUGUAAACCGAGAUGAGAAUUGUUGUUACAGAUAGAAAGAUAAAGAGGGACUGUAAUGCAUCUUUAAUUAUAACAUUCUCUUUUUCCCUUCGAACAUACAUUUAUCGAUGUUGAGAGACGUAUGCAGAUGCAUCUAUUCUUAGACCACAUUCGAAACAGAACCCAUCUGUGGGCGUUAUAUUGUUUAUCUUAACCUAUCCGAAACGAUAAACCAUUUCCUUUGGGUCAACGUAUCGAAUUUUAAUUGUAAAUCACAUCUCUUUAUGCCAAACUCCAGUCAAAAUGUCUACUAUACAUUGGAAUGCACGUCGUACUUUUUACGCCGUCAUUCUGGUGACUAUAUACCUGUUACUCAGGGUGAAGAAGUACGAAUAUGUGGCAAAAGUGUUUUUACAAAGAACAGAUCCGAAAGUUGCUUGGGAAUACGUCGCCGACUUUAGUAACAUGAAAUAUUUAAAUCCGACAAUUGUGGAUUUUAAUAUUUUAUCUGAGAGCGGUAACUUAGAACAUUGGAAAUACUCAACCGAAUACAAGGAAAACUUGUCACAUUGGCCGUACACUUCUAACAUUGCAGUCGCCCAUUUCGAUGUGAAAUCCGAUUUAAAACACCAAAAUUAUCUUGUACACUCUAUACACAGCACUUGUUUUUUAUCUGGAUUGUUUUGUUUGGAUUCCGAAAGUAAUUUUAAGUUUUCUAAGAAUUAUUCCACUCCAGGAACGUUGUGCGAGGAAGAAAUUACUUACGAAUGUCCCGUGAUAUUAUCGUCGUUCUGCAAGAGAGAAGUGGAAUAUCAAAGAAACGCCAUCAUGAAAAAUCUGAAAAGAAAAUUCUUAUAAAUUAAAUUAAUAAAAUUGUGUAAAUAA